AUGAUGCCUCCAUCAGAUUCUUUGCGACACCAUCUACAUAAGCUCGCUGAAGUCCGGGCAAAUCGCCAUGCUUCUAUAUCUUCUACCUCUCCUAUCUCUUCUACUUCUACUCCAGGCCCGGCCCCACCUCCAUACACAUUAUCUGUCACCAGACCCAGUGGCACAACUGUCAUGAGCGUCGAUCAGCACGACAUGGAUGAUCCAUGGGCCUCGCCAAUCAAUAUUUACAUUGACAACUCAAUCGCCGUAACUGGUGAUGAGAACACCAUCACGGUGUCAUCUCCUGGAUCUGAUUCUUUCACUGGUCCAACUCACCACGAGGCCCAGACAUCUCACCUCACCCCCGUCGCGGCUGUCAUCAUCGCUGCGCUGGAUCGCGCAAAUGCCCUCAAUGAUGAUGUGGGAUAUCCUAGGCCCAUCAACAUUCGCGCUCUCGCGGGCAUUCGGGUGAAUGGCCGAAACAACAGCAUUUCCGUCGGGGGCGAGGUCCACAGGUCUCAGAAUGAGACUGCUAACCCCGGAGCCGGAGAUAGCAGCAGGCGAAAGCGUCGUGCCAGCUCGGUUCGUACUCUACUUCGUAAAAAGAUCUUCAAGAAGUUUCAUCACUGA